CUUCCCCUCCCCCUGUUAUUAUAGUUCCGGGGGACUUAGGUAAUCAGUUGGAAGCAAAGUUAGAUAAGCCAUCAGUAGUGCACUAUCUCUGCUCUAAGAAGACAGACAGUUAUUUUACACUCUGGCUGAAUUUAGAAUUGCUUCUGCCUGUCAUUAUUGACUGCUGGAUUGAUAACAUCAGGCUGGUAUAUAAUCGAACAAGUAAGAUUACAGAAUCACCAGAUGGAGUAGAUAUCAGAGUCCCAGGUUUUGGGCAGACAUUUUCCUUGGAAUUCCUUGACCCAAGUAAAAGGAGUGUUGGCAGUUACUUUUACAUGCUGGUGCAGAGUCUGGUAGAUUGGGGCUACACGCGUGAUGAAGAUGUAAGAGGAGCACCUUAUGACUGGCGAAAGGCACCAAAUGAGAAUCGAGACUAUUUUGUGGCCCUUCGCAAGAUGAUAGAGUUAAUGUAUGAGCAGUAUGGAAGUCCUGUUGUCUUAAUUGCCCACAGCAUGGGUAAUAUGUACACCCUCUACUUCCUCAACCAUCAGACUCAGGAUUGGAAAGACAAGUACAUAAAGGAUUAUGUGUCAUUAGGCGCUCCAUGGGGAGGAGUGGCUAAAACUCUCCGCGUGCUGGCUUCAGGUGACAACAAUAGAAUACCUGUUAUCAGCUCACUCAAGAUUAGAGACCAGCAGAGAUCAGCGGUUUCCACAAAUUGGAUGCUCCCCUACAACUACACAUGGCCUCCAGAUAAGGUCUUUGUAAGCACACCUACAGCUAACUACACGCUUCGGGAUUACCGAAAAUUCUACAGGGACAUCAAUUUUGAAGAUGGCUGGCUCAUGAGACAAGACACCGAACACCUGGUCUACCAGAUGACACCACCUGGUGUGCGCAUACACUGUCUUUAUGGUACUGGCGUGGAAACACCAGAUUCCUUCCAUUAUGAAAGUUUUCCUGACAAAGAACCGAAGAUUCUUUACAGCGAUGGGGAUGGUACAGUAAACUUACAGAGUGCCUUGCAAUGUCAAAAGUGGGUGGACAGGCAAAAACAGGAAGUGGUGAUAUUUGAGCUUUCAGGAAAUGAGCAUAUUCAAAUGCUAUCCAAUGAUACUACUAUCUCCUAUGUGAAAAAGCUGCUUUUUGAUUUGUGAUACCUUGUGUUGACAGUUAUUUUCCUCACCUGUGAUGCCUUCCCUUAAAUAUGGGGAAAAUACCUUUUAAUCCCUUGAUAUUUAGAUAU